AUGACCGGUUUGGUCACGGGUUCAGUCACUUCAAAGCUAAAAGCGGGAGUGAGCGAAGGAGAAGCAGCGGCGGCCGCCAUGGAUUCAUCGCCGAACACAAACAAAGCGUUAACGGAGACGCGUUUCUCCGACCUCGAACCUCCGCUCUCCAAAGAUAUCAUUGAGGCGCUUGACCGUUCCGGUUUCGAGUUCUGCACUCCGGUUCAGGCCGCGACGAUCCCUUUACUUUGCCGCCACAAGGAUGUUGCUGUCGACGCAGCCACCGGUUCUGGCAAAACCUUAGCUUUCCUCCUCCCCCUCGUAGAGAUUCUCUGUCGAUCCACCUCCUACCCUCCGAAGCCUCAUCAGGUGAUGGGGGUGAUUAUAUCGCCAACAAGAGAGCUAUCAACGCAGAUAUAUAACGUGGCACAGCCGUUUGUUUCGGCUUUGCCAAAUGUGAACUCUGUGCUGCUUGUUGGAGGCCGAGAGGUGAAAGCUGACAUGAAGACUAUCGAAGAGGAAGGAGGCAACCUCUUGAUCGGCACGCCUGGAAGACUCUCUGAUAUUAUGGAACGAAUGGAGAUUCUAGAUUUCAGAAGUCUUGAGAUUCUUAUCUUAGAUGAGGCAGAUAGGCUUUUGGAGAUGGGAUUCCAGAAGCAGGUGAAUAGCAUUAUAUCCCGCUUGCCAAAGCAGCGGAGGACUGGCCUCUUCUCUGCUACACAAACCGAAGGCGUGGAAGAGCUGGCCAAGGCCGGGCUUAGGAACCCUGUGAGAGUUGAAGUUAGAGCUGAGUCAAAGUCGGAACCAUCUCAGCAGCUGACAAACUCCAAAAUACCUUCUGGUCUGCACCUUGAGUAUUUGGAAUGCGAAGCAGAUAAGAAAUCAUCACAACUAGUGGAUCUCCUCAUCGAAAAUGCAAAUAAAAAGAUUAUAGUAUACUUCAUGACCUGUGCUUCUGUUGAUUACUGGGGACUCGUGCUUUCAAAAAUCCCUGCCCUGAAGUCCAUAUCUUUAAUUCCUAUCCAUGGCGACAUGAAGCAGAAUGUAAGAGACAAGGCAUUAGCUUGGUUUACUGAAGCAUCAAGCGGUGUCCUUUUGUGCACAGAUGUCGCUGCACGUGGACUUGAUAUUCCAGGCAUUGAUUACGUUGUUCAGUAUGAUCCCCCACAAGACCCAAAUAUGUUCAACCAUAGGGUCGGCAGAACUGCAAGAUUGGGAAGACAAGGGAGGGCCAUCGUUUUUUUACUGCCCAAGGAAGAAGACUAUGUAGAGUUUAUGCGCAGAAGAGGAGUCUCUUGCCAAGAGAGAAAAUGCUCUGAGGAAGCAUCCGAUGUCAUCCCGAUUAUACGUUCACUAGCCAUGAAGGACCGAGCAGUGUUGGAGAAGGGAUUAAAGGCAUUUGUUUCCUUUGUCCGUGCUUAUAAGGAGCAUCACUGCUCUUACAUUUUCAGAUGGAAAGGGCUUGAAAUCGGAAAGUUAGCCAUGGGGUAUGGCCUCUUGUAUCUUCCUUCAAUGUCUGAAGUUAAACAACACAGACUUUCCGGUGAGGGUUUCACACCCGUUGAAGGAGUCAAGUUUGAGGACAUAAAAUUCAAGGACAAAUCUCGGGAGAAACAAAGAAAGCAAAACUUGCUAGCAAGGAAAGAGAAACGGCAAGGAGAGAAGAGAGAGAGAGGCAAGAAAAACUCGAAAAAGGCGGCUGAUCCUUCUGCUGCGUCGAGAAAGUUAACAGGAAAACAGAGACAAACCAUCCAAACAGCCGAAGAUGAAGAAGAGAUGGAUCGGGAUUAUCGGUUUCUUAAAAAACAGAAGAAAGGUUUGAUUACAGAAGAUGAAUUUGCAAGACUUACAGGAGCUGAUGAUUUUUAAUCUGAUGACAAGAGAAACAAAGCUUGAUGGGGGUUGGAGUAAGGCUUGAGUGCUUUUAGAAUAGAGUAUACACACUCUCAUGUUGAAGACAAAAAGAAGUUGUUUUGACUCUUUCUCUAUUGGGCAGUAGAAGACUGACGCUCUUAUUGGUUACUACUCUUCUACAUGACGAGUUCAAGCAAUCCAUUAGUAAUGAUUUUUAUUUUAAUGCUGCGUUUGCCAAUCUAAUUUUUAAAGCUUACUAGAAGGAAGCCCAUUAAAUAAAGGCCCAAUUAACUCACCUCCUUGGUACAUACCGCAUAAAUCCUGUCUUAUAUCAGUUAUCACCCCCAAUUGGAGAAACCUAAUCGAUUUCGAGACCUGUUCAUUGAAUCCUUGCUUGUCGUCUCAACAUGGCAGAUGAGUUGGAACAUUCAAACAUUGUGGAGUUGUACCCACAAUUUGAUGUUGGUGCUUCGAUGGAAGCAAAGGGGUUUAACGACACAGAGAGAUGCCUGAUCUUGAUUUACGGCGCACGGUUCACUAGAACCGUCUACCGCCCGCCCGUAGGCCCGGACCUUCUAAUGGAGCAGUCCCACGGGCAGCGGACAUAUGAGUAUCGCAAAUGUCUUCCACUUUCUGCUGCCUCCUCCAGAUCUUGUCUCUACAAGGCUAUUCUUGAAAGUGAGUCGCCGGAACUUAGAGAGGAUGAGGUUUCGAACCCUGGUCGGACUUGGGAGAAUGUGGUAGACCGAGUCACCCGAUAUGUGGAGGCCCAGGGUUUUCUUCUUACGACCGGCAGAAGCUUUCUCGGUGAGCGUUGCGGAAGCGUUCGGGAAGCUCUCCGUCAUGAGCGAAGCCGCUGGGUGGAGAAGCAUUCCUCCAGCAGGGCCGGUUGAAGAAAUCCGAGAAUGCCCUGUAUGUCUCGGAGAGAUGACCCACGAAAACAGCAUUGCCCUACACUGUCACCAUGUCUUUCACAAGAAUUGUCUUCUUCCGCGUUUGUGGGAAACGCCCGAGAUGAAAUGUUUGAUAUGUGACACAGACCUUUAUUUAUCUUAGGACAACUUUCUCUAGCUUGUUAUGGUGAAUUGUGAAAGGCUCUUAUUAUUACACUUUUUAUUAGAGGAAUGAUUCCAUAUUCAUGCACCUAAAGACUGAUUUAUCUCGGUUGUGGUACCAGACAAUGAGAUGUGGCUUUCGUGCUUUUAGAAUAGAGCCUACUCUUAUAUGUUUGUACGUUAAAGACAAAAAGAAGUUGUUUUGAUUCUGAUUUGAGAAUUACAUGAGAA